UUCCUUUGUCCCCACAUGCCAGACGGCAAAAAGCGCAAGUGCGCCCCAGGAGAACAGGAGAUGAAUUCCAGAGAUGUCCGAGAGCUGAAUGACGAGGAGGAGGUAGCGGACUGCGUGUCAACGAGCAAACUCGCAGGCAGAUGUCUGCCAAGGUCGACUUCAAUCCCAUGCUACAUGUACAUGAUAGCAGCAACCGCUUCUUUGAACUCUGUGGACUACGGCUUUGAUAUUGGAGUCAGUUCAGGUGUCGCUCUCUACCUGCGUGAGACUUUCCAUAUUGGAGAUGUGCAGGUGGGGUGGUUCUUCUCCCUUGUGCCAAUCACAGCAGGAAUUGGAGCUCUUAUUGCACACUGGGUUUCAGACCGCUUUGGGCGCAAAGGCAACUUCUUAGGUUCCCAGGUCAUUGGCAUCACGGGCGUUACCCUGUGCGCUCUGUCCGUCUCCUACGAGAUGAUUUUAGUUGGCCGCUGCCUUGUAGGAAUUAGCAUGGGUAUUGGCAUGUCAAUCGAUCCGAUGUACAUCUCCGAGACCGCGCCGGCGGAGCACCGUGGCAAGUUGACGACCUGGGCCGAAAUGUCCACGAACAUGGGUAUAGUGUUGGGAUUCUUCUUCAACUGGCUUUUCAAGGAUCUGCCUGAGAAUGUGAACUGGAGGGUGAUGCUUUUGUGUGGCAUCUUCAUUCCAAGUCUGCUCAUAAUCCUUACGCUGGCAUUCAUGCCCGAGUCUCCCCGCUGGCUCAUCACGAAAGGCCGGACCGAGGAGGCAAAACGCGUCUUGAGGAGGACACACCCAGAAGGUGCAGACAUUGAUGCUGUUGUGCAGAGUAUUGUUGAAGACAUCCAGCAAGCAGAGCUGCACGAAGCAACUACCUGGAAGAGUGUCCUCUGCCCUGCCAAGCAGUACCGCCACACGGUGUGGCUGGCCUUCUUCAUCGCCGUAUCUCAGCAGAUUAACGGAGUGGAAGGUGUGCUUUUCUAUGCGCCUACGCUCUAUGAACGAGCUGGCGUUGCAGAGACGAAGGAGGAUCAGUUCACAUUGACUGUCACACUGGGUUUGGUGAAGGUCAUCUUCAUCGGCGUUUCCAUGGCUGUGCUCGAUUCCAUGGGCAGACGCCCUUUGCUCAUCAGCGGCAGCAUGGGCAUGGUGCUGAGCCUGAUGAUGGUCAGCCUCGGCUCCAAUCGUGACUUGGACGUCGGAAUCCUUGCCGUGAUCGGGACGUUUGCCUUUGUAGCUUUCUUCUCCAUUGGCUUUGGACCAGUGUGCUGGCUCUAUGCCUCGGAGCUGUUUCCUUCAACACUCCGCAGCAAAGGCAUGAGCCUUUGCGUUCUGGUGAACCGGGCGGGAGCUGCCUUCGUGAACCUCGGCUUCCUUCCCUUGUCCAAUCUCCUGGGGGGGCAGGCCGCCCUCUUCGGAUUGUACGCUGCCAUAACGGCCAUGAUUACUGUGGUCGCAGUCGUCACGGCCAUAGAAACCAAAGGGAAGACCUUGGAAGAGAUCUCGGCUCCUAAGAGCCAGAAGAGCCCAGAAGGACCUCUUAGGCAUGGGGUUGUUUGA